AUGGCAAAGUCGCUGUACGAGUUGUGGGAAAAGAAGAAGGUGAUCAGGAGGCGGCUGAAAAACACCAAAAGCUUUGUUCGCUUUCCGAAGAAACAGGAGGAUGAUGAGAAAGAAGAUGGCCUGAAGGAGAACCCCACAUCGACUGCAGCAAUGGAGAUGAACAUACCAGCUUUGACGGCGAUGUUUUCCUUUUACAAGGUCACAAGUGGCAAGCAGGUGACGCAGCUGUACGAAGAGUCCGGCUGUAUUCCCCACCUCGGUGCCAGGCAAUAUUACCUCGAUGCCUGGGACCUCCGCCGGCUGUGCAGCUUCGCGUUGAGGCGUCAGAAAGACGCAGAGCAGCGCGAGCAAACACCCCGCGCGGCCGGAGUUCGACGGCUGUUUCAGCUGAUCAAGGAAUUGCGAAGCACGAACGGUGAUGACAACGAUGACGAAGGGGAAGAAGAAUCAGAUCUCGAGCAUGAGAAGGAGGAGGAGGAGAAGGAGCAGGAGUCUCCUGCGGUGGCUUCCGAAUCGGCCGCGCCUGCCAAGAAGGUUGCUGGCGUGGGCUUGUCUGAUGAGGAGGGGGAGCCCGAGAAGGAUUCGCAGCUUCCACACCCGUUGCAGCGCUGCAGGUCCAAGACCUCUCUCGCAAGCUUGCCCAGCGCGGCAGUUCUUGGCGGUGCUUCCAAGGAGGCUUUGGAGAUGCCUGCUUCCUACGCAGGCCCUGGGAUCCUGACGACGAACAAGGAGGACGAAUUGGCCGACUUGAUGAAUCAAAUCUCGCUCUAUGAGGAUGGGGAGCAGAAGGAUGUCGCAACGGCUCAUCACGAUGCCAUGUUACUCCUGAUGGGAUCCCCAGAGCGACGGGCAAAGGAACCUACAGGCGAUGAACCGCCACCUACGUGCAAGAGGCAGCUCUUCGGAGAUGCGGAUCCUGCUUGGAAGCAUCCUCCAGAUCAGGCGGACACUUUGGUGAUGGGCCCGCCGACCGACGAGACUGACUCGCUGAUGGGCAAUGCCGACAAGCCGACCAGUGUUGUUGAUGUGUUCUCGAGUCCUGAGAAGAUGUGUAAGGAGCCCGGGUCUUCCAAGGGGGAUGGUGACGCUCCGCUGGCCCCGCUGGUUUCUUUGUCUGCCCAGAACGACCUACGCCGGUCCCUCCGCGCUUCCAUUCGUCGCACACGCCGCUCCAGAAGCACGCGCGAGCUCCUGCAGAAGGCCAACAAAAAGGGCAAAAACAAGGGCAAGUCCAGGAAGGCGUGUGAGAAGGAUGAGGGCACGGACAAGCCUACGUGCAGCAACUCCAAGACAGCCGGUUCCAAGAAGCGCAAACACUUGCCGAAGGAGACGGAGGAGCCGAGCCUUUGCCAAAGGCAAAGGCGAAGGCAAAGGCAAAGGCGACACCGAAGACAAAGGCUAGGGCGAAGGCGAAGAGCAAGGCAGCAAGUGUGGAGACGAAGCUGCAGCCUGAUCGCAAUCGCACUGGCUACAGUGAGUGUGGCAAGUUUGUGCUGGGAUGUUCCAGCUGCCGCUGGGGCGUGCUUGGCUGUGGCACCUGCCUUCGACCGUCCUUCAAGGGCAAGAGGUGGCACCGUGUCGCUUGCGAGGGGUCAGAUUGAUGUGUGGGGUCGUGGUAGUGCUACAAAAACAGUCUUCGUGCAAUAG